AUGGAAAUAGACUACUCAGCAAUGUACUCAGACUUCAUAGGAAAACAAGUAAAAGUGCAAAUAUGUGACGGAUCAGAAUACAAAGGAACAUCUGUUGCAAUAGAUGUGUAUUUGAACAUAUCCUUAGAAUCAGUGGCAUACCACAGUGCUGCUAAGGAUGCAGUGGCAUACUACUCAUCGCUGUUCAUCAAGGGUUCAUAUAUAGACUAUAUAGCAUUGGAAUCGUGA